AUGACCUCAUAUUUUCAAUGCAGUGAGCGCUUAACCAAUGGACCUCCUCCCAAUGGACCCAAAUCUGAAGAAGAAGCUCUCGCUCGCAUUGAUGAACUCUACAAUUCUAAUGUGCCAUGGUUCAGCAAAAAGACCAUCCGCUCAGCUUUAGAGCAAAUACAGCGCCGACCGGCCCGCGGUGAUAAGAUCUUUGUCAAGGCGGUCGAUGGCACAAUGGUCGAGUAUGAUAUUGAGACUGGUGAUGUCAGGGACAUGCGUUGGGCCGAUGGCCCUCACACCCAGUGGAUACUCCAGGAACCUACCCUCGCCUACCGGUGUCGUGCAAACAUGCGGCAUGACAUAUUCCGGGGAGGAUUCAACGAAGACAGAGGGUAUCUCAAUAGCAUCAGAAUCAUGCACCGCAGCCUGGAAAGAAGGAAAGAUAACAAUGAACUCAUCGAUGUUCUCUCCCGUUUACCACUAGAAGAAGCCACCUCGGAUUUUGAAAAGCAUCGACAAGCGUGGAACGAAACCGAGAUGUGCAAAAAUGUCACCCGUAUCCUGGACUCCUCCACUACACACCUAAAUAUCACCAAGAUUGUGGCCGUAUCCCUGGGUUGUCUCUCAUGGCGACGGACUGACGAUAAGGAUGACGAUAGUAAUCGUUCGGCGUAUCAACAUGCACUUAUUCUCACGCUACGGGACUGGCUGAAAGCAAAGAAGAACGCCGAUAAGAUCCCCUGCUAUGUACAGGAUCCGGUAUAUACGGACAUCGACCGAGCUCUUCUGGCGGAGCAUGAGGUUGAGGUGCUUAAUGACCCGAUGGCAUGGUUGGAGAUAAACGAUUUCUCAAUUGUUGUUUCCAUUGCAUCAAAUGUGCCGACUAAGGAGAUUAUCACGGAUAUUGCGAGCCCGGCUGUAAUUAUUUGGAACGAAGUUGGCGAUGAUGACUAUGAUGAGAAAGAUGGAAUGGCUAUGACGGAUCCGUGUUCGUCUCGAGUGCGGGCGUUGAUAGAAGGAUAUGAUUGUUUUGACUGGGGAGCUAGUGAUGAGCAAUUUGGGGAUGUCUUGAUGUAUGUUCGGCGACCGAAGACCUUGUGCCGGGAGCUGUAG